CUGCACUUCCGAGAUGAACCGAAGAGGAGCUGCGCCACUCAGUGAGGAGGACAGACAGCCAGACAAUCUCUUCUAAAGAAAGAAAGAGAGAGAGAGGGAGAAAAAAAGCUGAAUCUUUUAGCCUCUUGACAGGCUAUGCUGACACAACACAUCUGGAAUCUGGGAUGUUUUCCAACUUGGAAUCAAAGGAGAUUUCUUUUCGUCUCGAUCUAUGCGGGACGCUGCGUCUGCAACGAAGCAGCACCCUAAAUUAGAUCUUCCAUCAAAAAAAAAGUUGUUGUCUUUAUUCUUUUUGAAAGCAAGCGUAAAGAAAACAAGUGCAACCGGGACUACUGCCGUAAAACAGGAAUGGUUUAUCCUCCCGAAGGUUUAUUCUAUAUCGAAAUGGAUCAAGCACCACCAGCUCUUCCUCCCCGGUCCACAAAGCCAGCGAUGAACAACAGCUGCCUUUCUCCACCCGUAUGUUCGCUUCAGGACGCCGAAUGGUACUGGGGAGAUAUAACAAGGGACGAGGUGAACGAGAAGCUUCGCGACACACCUGACGGCUCCUUCCUGGUGCGGGACGCGUCCACGAAGCUGCAAGGAGAUUUUACUUUGACUUUACGGAAGGACGGACACAACAAACUAAUCAAAAUCUACCACCGUGACGGGAAGUACGGCUUCUCGGACCCCUUCACAUUCACAUCGGUGGUGGAGCUCAUCUGGUAUUACCAGCACCACUCGCUGGUGGAGUACAACGCCAUGCUGGACCUGAUGCUCAUGCAUCCCGUGUCCCGUUUCCAACAGGUCAGCAAGGUGAAAGAAGACAGCGUUGACGUUGCUGGCAGAAAGCUCAAAGAGGUCCACAAUCAGUACCAAGAGAAGUCGAAAGAGUUCGACCGUCUUUAUGAAGCCUUCACCAAAACCUCGCAGGAGAUCCAGAUGAAACGCACGGCAAUAGAGGCCUUCAACGAGGCGAUGCUGAUCUUCGAGGAGCAGUGUCGCGAGCAGGAGCGAUACGGAGAGGAGUUCGAGAGGAACAGUCUAUCGGAGGGAGCCGACAAUGAUUUGGAGAGCUUUCUGAUCAAUUACGAAAAGCUGAAGUGCCGACUUGGAGAGAUUUACGACAGCAAGCUGCACCUGGAGGAGGACUUGAGGACGCAGGUGGAGGACUACAGAGAGACGGACAGGAAGAUCAGCAACUUGCGGCCUGACCUCAUCCAGCUUCGCAACAUCCGAGACCUGUAUCUCAACUGGCUUAAUCACAAAGGAGUACGGCAGAAACGCAUAAACGACUGGCUUGGGAUACACAACGACAGCCUCGAUGACACAUACGUAUUGAAGGGAGAUGAGAAGAACCUACCACAUCAAGACGAGGCGAGUUGGUUCGUCGGGGAACUGAGUCGAACGCAGGCGGAGGAGAUGCUUCAAGGCAAAGUUUCCGGAACGUUCCUGAUCCGGGAGAGCAGCAAGCAGGGAUGCUACGCCUGCUCUGUUGUCGUGAACGAAGAGGUGAAGCACUGCAUGAUCUACAGUACUUCCCACGGCUACGGCUUCGCCGAGCCCUACGACGCCCACUGCUCGCUCAAAGACCUGGUCCUGCACUACCACCUCCACUCCCUAGCGCAGCACAACGACGCCCUGGACGUCCGGCUGCUGCACCCCGUGCACGCCAAAGCGGCGGACCCUGCUUCCCAGCACUCCGACGAACACAAACUGUUACAGACUCCAAAACACAUGCCACCGGGACUCCCGCCCGCAGCCCCGGAGAUGUGAUCGAGCGGCAAGAGACUUUCCGUCGCGUACCCUGUGAGAAGGACUGCGUUAUAAAACGGUGCAUCGUGUAGAAGAUUUGCACUACCGGUGAUUCCAUCAGCUUUCGCCAGUGAGAUCUUGCAGAUUUGAAGUGGGACCGGAACUUGAAUGUCAACUUGACUGUUUCAAACUGAUUUUCUACUUCAGCGUUUCAGCGCCGUUUGUUCAAAAGCCCUCCCUGGGGCCACCCUUUCUGUCGGGUUGUGGGGCUGUCGGGAGGGGGAAAUCCUCGACCAAGAGUUCGUCCACUGGCGUCGGGGGCGCUGUGCCCUCCCAGUUGCUGGAAAUGUCCAUUUCCGACAUUGGAAAUCGAUUCAGCACUUCAGAUUUAACCAAUAUCCCAGAUGUAUUGGGGUUGCGACUAUAAAGUGCAUUUGUGAGGGGGGACAAAAAAAAAAA